UCGGAGUAGGUGAAGUCAAGCUCUUAUAUUAAAAAAUAAUCAUCGGCAACAUCCUUUGUCCAACAAGAGGGAAAUUUCUAUGAAUUAUUUUAUAAACACUUGCCUUGAAGACCAAUGAUCUUUAGGUUAAUAUCAGCAUACCACAAUAUACUUCACUAACUACCUGCAAAUGUUUCCUUACUCUUGUUGACAUUGACCGAGUUUAUUGCAAACUAAAUCCGUUUCCUUUUGCCUUUCUCAGUUUUUUUUCUCAUCUUAUCACUUGAUCUUGAGAAACAUGGCUGCAGCAGUUGUUGGUGGAGCUGUUCUGUCUUCCACUUUUAGUGUUAUUUUUAACAGGAUGUCCUCACCUGAAAUUGCCAAAUGGAUCAAAGGGAAGAAGCUCACCCAGAAUCUGCUUGAAAGGUUGAAGACCAAUCUUUAUGCUGUUCAAGCCUUUCUCAUUGAUGCUGAGCAGAAGCAGAUCAAGGAGAGAGCUGUCAAGGACUGGCUCGAUAGUCUCAAAGAUGCCAUGUAUGUUGCUGAUGACUUGCUUGAUGAAGUCUUCACCAAAGCUGCCACUCAGAAGGAUCCAGGUACCUUCUUCUCUCGUUUUCUCAAUUUGCAAGAUAGGGAGAUAGCAAACAGGAUGGAAGAAAUAAUUGAGAGGAUAGAGUCUAUUGUGAAGCAAAAAGACACUCUUGGUCUUAGAGAGAUUCCUAAGGAGAACAUGCCAUGGAGGAUCACAACAUCUCUAGUUGAAAGAUCUAAUAUAUAUGGCAGGGAAGAAGACAAGGAGGCCAUAGUGAAGUUGUUGUUGGAUGAUGAUGACACUGCUGAUGGUGAUAUAUCUAUUAUUCCCAUUGUGGGUAUGGGCGGAAUAGGAAAGACUACUUUGGCCCAAUUAAUUUACAAUGACAAUAAAGUGAAGGAGAAUUUCGACUUUCAAGGUUGGGUUUGUGUGUCCGAAGAAUUUGAUGUUAUUAAGGUCACCAAAACUGUAAUUGAGGCAAUAACUUCUAGUGCUUGUUACUUGAAAGAUUUGAAUUUACUUCAACAUGAACUAAAGGAAAGAUUGUCAAGACGAAAAUUCUUUGUUGUCUUGGAUGACGCAUGGAAUGAGGAUUAUGAAGAUUGGAAUAGGCUUCUAAAACCUUUUCAGAAUGGGGUUAAAGGGAGUAAAAUUCUCAUAACCACUAGAAGUAAAAAAGUGGCUUCUGUGGUGCAAACUGUUUCACCUCAUGAACUAAGUUUAUUGUCUGAUGAAGACUGUUGGUUAGUGUUUUCAAAACAUGCACGCCUUUCCACUGACUCUAUGAAAAAUCUAACUUUGAAAAAAGUUGGCAAAGAUAUUGUAAAGAAGUGUGAUGGAUUGCCCUUGGCAGCCCAAGCCCUUGGAGGCUUAUUGCGUGGAAAUUCUGAUGCCAAGUAUUGGAAUCAUAUAUUGAAAAGUGAAGUAUGGAAAUUUUCCAAUGACAAGAUAAAAGUCAUUCCGGCUUUAAGAAUCAGUUAUUACUAUCUUCCUUCAUGUUUGAAAGAGUGCUUUGUUUAUUGCUCGUUGUAUCCAAAAGAUUAUGAAUUUGAUAAAGAUGAGCUCAUCUUGUUAUGGAUGGCUGAGAACUUUUUACAACCAGUUGGGAAAAACACUUUAGAAGAAGUUGGUGAUGAAUAUUUCAAUGAAUUGGUUGCGAGAUCAUUUUUGCAACCUCAUAGUACUGAGAAUAAUAAAUUUGUGAUGCAUGAUCUCGUGCAUGAUUUGGCAAUGAUGUUUGCUGGAGAUUUCUAUUUUAGAGCUGAAGAGCUUGAGAAUGCAGUUGAGGCUGAUAUUAAAACUCGUCAUUUGUCCUAUAAUGCAAAAGGCAAUUAUCCAAUCUCAAAACUGUUGGGAGUUUGUGACAAAAUAAAACAUACAAGGACAUUUCUAGCAAUCAAUUUGUCACCAUGGAUCCCAUUUAACAUGGAAAACACACCUUGUAUCUUGUUGUCACAGUUGAAGUACUUGAGAGCUUUGUCGUUGAAAUGCUUUCCUCUUGAGUCAGUGCCUGAUUCAAUAGGUGAGCUGAUUCAUUUGCGUUACUUGGAUCUCUCUUGGACCUACAUUGUGACAUUGCCAGACUCAUUAGGUAACCUGUACAACUUGCAGACCUUGAAGGUGUAUUUCUGUAGAAAUCUGCAAAUGCUACCUGUUGGCAUGAAAGAUCUUGUAAAUUUGCGGCAUCUUGAUAUUAGAUAUACUCCUUUGCAUGAGAUGCCGAAAGGCAUGAGCAAGUUGAAAAAUUUGCAGUUUUUAAGCGACUAUGCUGUUGGGAGGCGUGAAGAGAACAAGAUCACAGAAUUGGGAGCACUUGCAAAUCUACAGCAAUCUAUUUCCAUUACCAAAUUGGAGAAUGUGGUGAAUGGCAGUGAAGCUUCGAUGGCAAGAAUGUUUGAUAAGGAUGGCAUUAGCUCUUUGAUCUUGAGGUGGUCAUCAGAUAAAGAUGAGAAUACAGCUGAUUCCCAAGUGGAAAGAGACAUACUCGACAAGAUUCAACCUCAUUGUAAUUUGAAAGAACUAGUAAUCGUGGGUUACAGGGGUACAAGAUUUCCAGAUUGGGUGGGACAUUCUUCCUACCACAACAUCACCGAAAUAACACUGGGUGAUUUCUUUCUGGGUGGUUGUCGGAAUUGUUGUAUGCUUCCUUCACUUGGACAAAUGCCCUCUUUGAAGCACCUAAGAAUUAUAGGCUUCGAAAGUGUUGAGAUUGUGGGUGCUGAGUUAUACUUUAACCAGAAUGGUGAAUGUUGUUUGGAGACACCACCAUUCCCAAUGCUUGAAACUCUUUGGUUUGGGUCAAUGCCUUGCUGGAAGAUGUGGCGUUCAUUGGGGUACAGUGCAUUUCCUCGACUUAGGGAGCUUACCAUAAGUUCGUGUCCGAUGUUGAGAGGAGAUUUGCCCAUUCAUCUAUCAUCUUUGCAAUCACUUCAGAUUGAGAAGUGCGAUGAGCUCAGUUCUUGUCUUCCAAGGGCUCCUGCGAUUACGACGCUUUCAAUUGAAGGAAAGCAUCUAGUGGAGUCCGUGGUCGACGCCAUAACGCACACGCAACUGACUUGCCUGACGUCUUUGCGCAUCUCAGGUUGUUCCUCCCACAUAUGGUUUCCUGUGAAUGCUAUUCCCGCAUCGCUACAAAAGUUGGGGAUAUUGGAUUGCAGAGAAUUAGAAUUCCAAAUGGAUGGCCAACACCAUUCACUUCAGGAACUAUACAUACGUAGCAGCUGUGAUUCAGUAUCAUCCUUCUCGUUGUUGGAUUCCUUUCCAAGUCUCGUGCGUGUUGAAAUAAGCAGGUGCGAAAAGAUGGAAUCUAUUGUGGCGUCACGCUCUCUUUCAUGUCUCCGUUAUUUAUUUAUCUACAAUUGUGGGAGUAUGAAAUCCGUGUCGACAAUAUGGAUGGCAGCACCUCAGCUAGAGCGUCUCUCAUUAGUGGGUUGCCCGGAGAUCGAUUUGUCUGCUCCAGGGGUUCCACACCGUAGCCUCAGAUAUCUUGACAUCGGCUACUACGAGAAACUAGUAAGCACUGCAGCAUUCAUGAAUUCGCAAUUUCACGGGCUUAUUGACCUUUGGAUUAAACGUGAAUGUGAGUGUGUGAAGUGUUUCCCAAAAGAAGGUUGGUUGCCUGCCUCACUUGAGUCUCUCACACUGGAAGGCAUGAAAAGUGUGGAGACGUUGGAAUGCAAGGGACUUGCCCACCUCACCUCCCUCCAGAAACUAAGUAUUUAUCAUUGUCCCAAGUUAGAGAAUAUGGAGGGUGAAAAGCUGCCUGCCUCUCUAAAACAGCUCAGCAUCAGUGACAGCCCUUUGCUGGGUAAACGGUGCGAGAUGAAGGAUCCACAGGUUUGGCCCAAAAUCUCCCAUAUCCCCGUCAUUCAAGUUGAUGGCAGAUGGAUUUCGUAAUCCAACAACUUCCACAGCUUAUCCAUGGAGCCAAGAAGAUAAAGUCUACACCUAAAGUUUUGCUUUGGAUGCAUCAAGACCAUUCACUCAUUGCAGUACUCAUACUUGCUUCAGACCCUUUGGCGUGGGAGUUGGAACAUGAUGAAAUUAGGUUCUUCUUCCAAGCUUCAUUCAGAAAUUUCUUUUGAAUAUUCAGCUACAAUGCUGUUCACACAUGUAUCUUCCGGUGCUUCAUAUGUUGCAUACCAUCAACUAUGCACCAAAGUAUCAUAUAUUAUUUCGAUUUAAUAUUUUGUUGUCUUUAUUUUUGUUUUAUUGUUGACGGAUUCUUCAAUAAGAAAAUGACA